AUGGUGAUCUUGCCUCACGUCGAGGCCAUCGAAACAGUCCUGCAGGAAUGGGUGGAUGGCGAGGGCUAUCCUGUGGCGAUCUACGAAGCAGCCGACGUCGUCAUCGAGACCAUGCGGGGCCGGAAUUUAGGCACUGCAAGCGUCCUGUUGGUCGACAUGCCCUGGCUUGGGGCUGCGCAGUUUCGGCGGCCAAUUGCUCUUCGUCGAGAUGCCACCGACCGCAUCCUGCGGAUCACCGUAGAGGACCAGAUUGGGCGGCCUCGGUCGAGCGAGGCUUGGGCGGCCUCGGAAGCCUGGUUGCUAUCAAAAGAGCCAGACGAUGUCCUCCAGGAGUACUUCUCAGCCGAGUCUGGCGAAGGGGCCGAAGAGUUCCUAGAGCAGGCCGCUGGGGCCAAUCAUGCUCCUGUUGGAGAAGAUCAGUCAGAUGUGAUUCGGCAAAUGCAAGCUCGGAUCCAGCAGCUGGAGGCAGAAGCCGCUGGUCGCACCAGCCUCUUAGCCGCCCCUGCGCCUGCUCAGGAGUUGUUCCCGAUGCAGAUGGCCGCUGGCGGCCUGCGUCAAGAAGAUUGGGACCAACUUCAGAAGCUGGCAGGACCUACACCGAAAAGAGCUCCUCGGCCAGAAGCAGCUACAGCUUACCGAGGCGAGGAGUUCGACACGCAGGCCGAGGUGCGAUUGGAGGCGCAGGAAGAAGAGGCUCUGGCGCAGCUGGCGCAAACUGGCGACCCUUUGCAUCGCAUUCUCGCGUUGCAGAUGCAGCAGACGCAGGCCUUGCUGGCUCGGAUGGGCCCCAGGUCAAGCGAUCCAUUGAGCCAAGCUCUUUCGGGGUCCUCAGACUCGAACCAAUCCUCUUCGGGAGUGAAGGGGUGCCAUGCUCGCGAGAUCUUCAUCAAGCACAUGGAAGAUCUUCCUAUGAUCGCUCGAGUGACUCAGCGCAAUGUGCUUCAAGACAUGGGGUAUUCUCAGCCCUUCCCCGGUUUGAUGAGGGAGUUCAUCGAGAAGAGGGUACCCCUGGGAGACAUGCGAACACUGACGCUUUUGAGUCAUUUUAUGGCGACUGGUUGGGAGAUUGGUUUCAACCUGAACGAUCCGAACAUCAUGGGGCUUAUGGCAAAGGGACUCAUGAUGACCGAGCAGUUUUGUUUGGAUGGUGGCAGGACGACCAUGGGCUGGCUGCUCUCCGCAGUGGCAGAGCCGAAUUUUGCUGCCAUCGAACGGAACAGACAGCGUCGCGGGCUUCGUCCUUACUCUCGCCUUGCGAGCCCAAGCUGGGUGGCCGCCAACAUAGCUUUUCUCAAAGACAUGGACUAUAUGGAGUCGAGGCUCAAGGAUGGCACCAAGCAAGACAGCAGAAGCGAGUGGGACAAGGACACCGACAAAGACAAAGACAAAGACAAAAAGCCCAAGCCGAAGCCAAAAGGCAAAGGGAAUGGCAAGACCAAUGCCAAGACCGCAGCAGCCGAGGCUUCGGAAUUCACUCGGCUUUCUUGCAAGUUGGAUCCUCGCACCGCACAGCAGUCGGCAUCUGAUCGACUGGAUCUCUGGCCGUGUCCUCCACCUGUGUGGAAAUGGACGGGACCUUCAGCCCUGUCACCAGCGCGCCGGAAGCGCAAGAAGCAUCUGGCCUGUAGGAACCACUGUGUGCAGCAGAUUGUUUGUUGUUUGAACUGGGAAUCCUUAGGUCAUCCGGUGCAUCCGCCCCCACAAGCUAUUGCAGGAUAUGGCUACUCCCCUUCACAAAUUGCUAUGAUUGAGCGGCUGGAGGGACUUGUAGACUAUUUCUUAGCUGCGGGCGAUUUCGACUCCGCAUCACUGGGCAGGAGUGCUGAAAAAUUAGACGCACUGCUUAGCGUCUGCAGGGAACUGCCUGGCCAGCAAUGCCAGGAUGUGGACCUAGACGAAGUCCUCCGAAUUUCAGCCGAUGAUCUUUCAGAAAUGUACUACACAUUCAAAGUACCGCCAGACCGAGCACGGCGGAAUUGCAUCCGAACGGUUUUCAAGCCACAGGAGAUCCAGCAUCUUUCAUGUUUUGAUCCUUUCAAACACACAGGGCCAUGCUUUGUGGCGCUAGCCGCCUUGGCCAUGGGCGACUCGUUGGCUGUUGAAAUAGCGCAGCAGGCGCAUUUCCAAGUUUUGUCUCAAGUAGCAGGAUGUUUGUUAGAGCACGAGCGGGUGGCAUAUCGCCGAGCCUUCCCCCGAGGACCUUUCUAUGAAUUCCUGUCUAUUGAUGAUCACCUAGGACUUCAGCGUAUUUCAAAGAGCGCCUAUAGAGCCAGUGCAUUAGCCAGGGAUGAUCAAGUUUUCAAAGCUGCUGCCAAAGCUUACCGGCAGGUCGGGCUAGUGCAGCAUCCUCGCAAGCGCAAGCGGCAUGAAAUUUCAGGAACAUUUUUGGGCGCGGAGAUAGACGGAGCGGUCGGCCGUGUUUCGGCCCGCAAUGAACUGCUGGCUCUCUGCAUUCUUGGCCCACUCUGUCAGACCGACCUGCGAGUGGGCACCUGUGAUCAAGUGUUUUGCAUGGACGCCAGUCCGCAUGGAGGGGCUAUUUGCAAAGUUCAGGAAUCAAAGCAUGUAGUCAAUGAAAUGUGGCGGCAUUCCGAACAGCGGGGCUUUUACACCAAAUUGGAAAAUCCUGCAGCUAGCGUUUUAAAAGAACUUGGUAUUGACAGUGAACCUUCAUUUGGACCAUCCCCUGUUGAUCCCGUAGGGCUUUGGUCACUUCCCGUGCCCAAACAUCUUUCGGAAGGCUUCAUUUGGGAUUGUCUAGAGCUUUUUAGGGGGGAGGGCAACUGGAGUGCUGCUCACGAACAGGUUGGCCUGCGAGUCCAUCCUGGAGUUGAGAUCAAGGACAAAGGCCUAUCGUUUGGAGAUCUUCUGGAUGACUCGGUGUUUCAUGAAGUCCUUAGCCUAGCACUACGAGGUGAUGACGAAUCUGCCAGCUUGGAUCAUCCGAGCUACCGGCCUUGGUAUGAAGAUGCCGAGUGGAUCGCUGAGUAUUCGGACUCUGUGCACUUCAAAGAGUUGCUCAGGUGGCUCACUUCUUUGCGAGCUGGAAACACUGAUGAUUUUGAUUUAGUGGUGAUGUCAGCAUCUCUUGGGCGAAACGCAGCCCGUUGGCUGCGCUUGUUGCUAUUGCUGGGAGGUGACAUUGAGAGGAAUCCAGGACCGCAGAAGACCCAACGAUCGCCCCGUGGACCGCUCGACGCUGCGUCGCAGAAAGGGGUGACUCCCGGAGUCUUGAGAGGAUCCGGAGCCACCCACAUGACUUCAGAGGCGGAACAGCUUCACAGCCUCUUUCUGGAGACCAACUGCCUUGAGUGUCUGAUCGAUCAUUGCAGUGUGAAUCAGCAGCAAAAUCUUGCUGUUGUCGGCCAUCUCACGGACAAGACUGAGAGGGAGGGGCCACUGCCGGUGGCCAAGGCAAGCUUGGAUGGUGCGAAGAGCACGGAGGGUUCUUCCAGACCCAGUGCAUCUCGAAGUCAAGGCACAGCUGGUCCAAACCCUGUCACUCAAUCAGCCAAGCAAUUCGCAGAUGCGUUCUCCAGGGAGGUUUUAAAAAUCGACCGUGAGAGGGUGAACAAGAAUACGAAGCCCAGGUUUCAGGAGAGUAUUCGCAUCAUGCCAACAAGUGCAUGGUCGAAGCUCUAUGCGGCGUUCCCCGCCAGGGCCACAAGCCCUGUGAAACCUGAAGCUACAGCAUCUACUCAAUGUAUUCAAUCUAUUCCAUCCAAAUCUGCAGAAGUCUCAGCUGCCACUGUACACAAGGCCUUGCACAGCAUCGUGCCAGCACAGUGGUCCUCAUUUCAUCGGCAUUGGACCUGCCAGAAAACUGUGGCCGAAAUGAUCGCCAUCGUUGCCAUCCCAGAGAUCCGAAAUUCAGAUGCUGUGGCUGUUGCCACUGUGGCCAGUCUGGCCUCAGCAUCUCUCGCCAAGAUGGCUGCAGAAGCAGUCACCAAAGCCGUCACCAAGGAGAUCUCAAUGGUUUUCAGCAGUGCGAGUCCCGCCAUGUGGUCUCCUUUGCAUCGCAAGUGGUGUGGACAUGAGGUUUUGAAGCAAAGCCUGAAGCAGAGUUUGAAGCCCUCGAAGGCUCCCAAGGCCAUCCAGAAGUUGGCUUUGGCGAAGGAUUACGGUCUCCUUCCUGGCCUCGCCUCGUCCAUGUUGGAUGCCGCCUUGAACAUCGAGGUGAAGGCGAUCACAAAUGUUCUGAAGGCUGAAGAGGUUUCCAAAGCAUUGGCGCCCAUUGCGCCCAUCGUGAAAUGCAGUGUGGCUCCGGCCAUCUACUCCAAAUGGCACCGUCAUUGGACUGGCGGCAGGGCCAGCUGA